ACAUAAGUUAGUCAGGCUGCCCCCCAUUUGGCGCGCCCCUGUUACUGUGCGCGCCCCCCACGACUUGGCGCUCUCUUCUGCUCUCUUGCUCGCUCGCACUCCCGCACUCUCGUCCACCGGCCGGAGACAGACAGGGACGGACAGAGAGGCAGAGAUCGGCGAUCCGCCAUCGGCCAUCUGUCGACCGAGGGGCGGUCGUGGGUGGACGCUCAAUGGUUGCCUAUCGAUCAGAUGCAUAUCGCAGAUACGCCGCUUCUGCUUCCUCUGUCUCACUGAAGCAAAUGUGCAAUGAUAAGGCUUCAUGUGUCUGCAUUCUAAUGUUUACACAAUUGGACAUUCGACAUCGAUCGAGGCGAUCCAACAUGGCUGCACUGGGAAAAACGGUCUGCCACAUGGGAAGGAACUGAUGGUUGGGGCUACCGCACAUACCGCAUUAAGAACUGUGACCUGGUAAUAAAUGUUUUCGGUGCAGAUAUCGAACUGAAGACGUAGGGAUUUGUGCGCACUCUCAUUGUUUGUUGUUUGCUGCGGAUUGUGUGAAGAACACGAUAGUUUAUGGCUAUCUAAACAUGGGCCCGUGCGUGUGCGUAUUCGUAUGCGUAUAAGUACGCCGGAGAAGUUUACAUUAGUCUGGAUCUCUGGAUCCGAAUCCGAAGCGGGCGUCGAUUGGCGUUCGAAUCGUAUUCACAAUCAUAUCGCGUGGGGUGGGGUAGAUCUUAGUUUCCACUUUAGUGCCCAUCCCGCCGGCAUUUCCAAGUACAGUGAUGGGCGCAAGGAUAGUGUACAUUUGAUUUCUUGAAAAAAAGAUGGGAUUAUUCGUUUAGUUUAAGCUCGAUAAGCUCUAGGCGUUGUAUUGUUUUAUGGAAAAGCAUGUUUUCGCAAGUAUGAGGAUGAGCCAUAAGUUUCGUCAUCACGUAUUGUAUUCCAUUCAGUUCCUAGGAUCUUAAACUUAAAAAUUUCUCAUCAUUUAAGUGAAUGCGAUAUGGCGCUAUAAUUAUAUUACUUUCCUCAAGAACUGAAUGUUAUUUUCUUGGGUAGUCGGCUGCAAUUCCCGGACUAUUCGCCUGCAUGAAAACAAACAACGUAUUCGUAUUCGUGCCGUUGCCAAAGAGUUUUCCCCAGAACCGCCUGUUUUUCUUUUCAAAAGGCAAACGAUACUCAAUUCGCCCCAACAGACGACCCGCACUCUGACCCUCGGAAAAGUAGAGGUUCCCCCGGCAUAUUGGCUUGAUUAAUUAAGACUACAUACAUUCGAUCUAACGCUGACGUCGUGUGACACCAGGCUUCCGGGGCUUGACUCAUUAUUUGAAACGGGUUAUGGGUGCGUGGAAAGUCUCGAGUUAUGAUUCAGGGUCCAUCGCCCAUGACUGAGUAUUCAUUCUACGCACAAAUUCGAACUAUGGGCAUAUUUAUUCGAAUGAGUCCCUCUCGGAUAAGUUUAGUUUUUUCCAGUUGCUAGUUCCUCGGUUCGAAUGGAUGCCGCCCAUUUAUUAUCCAGAAAAUUGCCAGAGGAAACUAUGCAACCACACACACAAACACACAUGCACACGGCCCAAGAACCGAAAAGUUUUUCAUUUCAAAAAUGCCGGAGAGGUGCGUACGGCCCGAAAUCAGGGCUACGAAUAGACUCUAUUCAUCCGUAGGAGCUUAUACUUUGUAUAUUUCCCAACAUAUUCAUGUAAUCUCUGGCACUCCGAAUUUUCGAAGCAUCCAAGACGUAUCGGUCAAGGAGGGGAACUUCUUACUGCAUCGCAAGUGAUAGGUCUUGAAUUGUGUUAGCAAUGCAGAUAACUUUCCCCAUGCUGCUCAUGACUUAUAUCCCACCAGAUUGAAAGAAGGUCUAGUCUAAUGUAUGUUCUGGCUGUCGGAAUGCUCAAGUAGCUAAAACCUCGAACCAUUGUGGGCAAUGGUAUCCCUGGUCUGGUAUCUGAAUCUUUGAAAAACGGCAACAACAGCAACAUGACCCCGUCAGAAUAUCGACGAAAGAGCGAAAGAGUCGAGUGGAUUGGGGCGGAAUGGGGCGGGAAGGGCGGUUAAGAAACAACACCGAAUAGGAACAAUGUAAACAAAGCGCCCAUUCCACAGGCAAAUUACCAAAUUACCCGAUGAUGAAGUCAAUUGUUGUAUACAAUAAAAAUGUGUGUUGUUGCUGCUGUUGCUGCUCCGAGAUUCUUUUGUUUUCCUUUUUGAAAGUUUUUCUAGUUCGCCUGCUGUUUUUUUUUUCUCAAUAUUUUGUACGCUUGGCUGGCGGCGACUGCCUUCGGGCCCACUUUUUGGGUGGGAACCAUGUCGGUGUAUGGAUGCGGAGAAUUCAGUUUUAGUACAAAUUCGGCGCAGGAACGAGCAACGCGUCUCUUGCCGACCACAAAGUGCCGCGCGAUGUUCCCACCAAAAUCCGGACCAACUCCGCAUCCGAUCUCGAUGGCGCUGCCUCUUUCGGAUCCCUAUGCUACUGAUCGCAUGGCGGAACAGGACGCGAUGUUGCCGGUACCCCUAGCCGACAGCCUGGACCUGGACGUAGACGUGGACCUCAAUCUAAACCUGAAUCUUAAUCUGAAUGUCGACGGAAGGCGCCAGGUGCUCUUCGAGGGCUAUUCGGACGAACUGCUGACCAUCGCCUGGGUGGCUUGCAUAGUGUUCAUCAUCGUGGGCGUUCCCGGAAAUUUACUGACCAUUGUGGCCUUGUCGCGAGGUCGUCAGACCCGCAACUCCACGGCCAUAUUCAUCAUCAAUUUGUCCUGCUCGGAUUUGCUCUUCGGCUGCUUUAAUCUUCCAUUGGCCGCCUCCACAUUCAAGGAGCGGGCGUGGACCCACAGUGAUCUGCUGUGCAGGUUGUUUCCGAUGCUGCGCUACGGCUUGCUGGCGGUGUCCCUGCUCUCCGUGUCGCUGAUCACCAUCAACCGGUACAUCAUUAUCGCCCAUCCCAGGCAGUAUCCAAGAAUUUACCAGCGACGAUAUUUGGCUUUGAUGGUAGCCGGCACAUGGAUCACCACGUUUUCCAUAAUGAUACCCACCUGGCGGGGCGUGUGGGGUAUCUUUGGCUUAGACGUCAGCAUCGGCUCGUGUUCCAUCAUGCAUGAUCGGUAUGGUAGAUCCCCCAAGGAGUUCCUCUUCAUCGCCGCCUUCAUGGUGCCGUGCAUCUGCAUCGUGAUCUGUUAUGCCCGAAUCUUCCUGCUGGUGCGAAAGGCGGCCAUUCGGGCGGGAACCGCAGGCAAGACCAAUGUCAGCGAUGCGACCCCCAGCCCCGCGCCGCAGCAUCAGACUCAAGCCAUGGCCACACCAAAGAAGCCGGAGAAGGUGAGCACGUCCAGUGGCGAGGCGAACGAACCAAUCGCAGGACGACCCUUUGUGGUGGAGGAGCACCUAGCGUAUAUCGAUGACAAUGCUUCGACGGACAGUCUGCCGAUCUCGUACAGCAUACGGAAGAGCGAUCAGGACCAGCAGCCACCGCCUGUUGAUGUCAAUGUGGUGCUCAAGGAGCGGGAGAAGGAAAGGGAUCGGGAUCAGGAAAAGGUCAGCCUGGGACGCAGUCAAACGCAACUAGAGAUGGGCAAAACCCAUGGAAAGAACCCUAUCACCACCUCCCUGCGCACCACCUCCUUCACACGGUUUAGUCCGCGGAAAUCCCAUUACGCCUCCAUGGGCAAUACCUCGAAUGCUUCCUCUAUUUACCCGGGAAGGAUGAGUGCCAAGGACCGGAGAUUGCUCAAGAUGAUCCUGGUAAUCUUCGUGUGGUUUGUAAUCUGUUAUUUGCCCAUUACGGUGGCCAAAAUAUGGAAAAGCGCCACCGAGGUGCACUGGUUCAAUAUUGCUGGCUAUCUACUCAUCUACUUGACCACCUGCAUCAACCCGCUGAUCUACGUAUUGAUGAGCUCCGAAUACCGAAGAGCCUACUGGAACCUGCUGCGCUGCCAUGGCUCUCCAGAUACCCAGAAGCAGCGGAAUCAGGCCAAUGCCAAGCGAAAGCAUCUGGAGUCCAAUCGGCAGGUGAAGACCACGACGUGACUCCGAGAGAUGCCUCAACACCUUCAUCGUCCUCCGUCCUAGCGGGAUAUGAUAUAUGUGUGCCAUAUGGUAAUACGAUAGGGGGAGUACCCAAAUGUCAUGUUGAAUGAUCUGCGGUAAGAAACAAUCCCUUGAUCCCCUGGUGAUUAUCGUUCCUCCAAAAAAGAUUUCUAGUCACACGAUCCGGCCGGUCGUCCCUUCCACGCACACACGAAAACACAGAUCACCCAUAUAUAUCUAUAUCUAUAUCUAUAUAAUGUAGGAACUCCAGAAGUGUAUUGCAUUUUAUACCAAAUGACUUUAAUAUCUGGUUUACAUUUGAAUUCCAUGUUUAAGAACAAUCGAUGUUUGUUUAAAUUUUGCUUUUUUUUGCUUGUCGCUAAUUAUUGUACCAAUACAUAAUAGAUAUAUCCUUAUAUGGAUACGCCCUUUCUAUGCCCCCAAUAAAUGCUUCGAAUAAUUGAUAUA